AUGGCGUCCAGUGAUCCCAACGAGGAUGAAUGGGUUGACCUGAUGGGCUCGGGUGCUGUCUUGAAAAAGACUUUGCACGCGGGGCAUGGUGCCCGCGCUGACCGAGGCGCCAACGCCACCAUUAUCUACUCCUUGACCUGCGAUGGCAAGGAUGUCUUCCGCGACAAGGAACUCCGCUUCCGCACCGGCGAAGGCGAUGCCCCCACCGGUACAGUGCUUCUCCCAACCACCACCCCGCAUUUCUCUUUCAGCUGCAUGAAGCUCUCGCUUGCCCUGAUCGUGAAACGCUCCACUUUGUCUCCAGCCCUGGAUAUUGCCAUUCCGAUGAUGAGCCUGGGCGAAAAGGCAUUGAUCAAGUCCUGUCGACGUUUUGACCCACUGGAAGGUGCGACUGAGGACUCGGAAAUUGUCUAUGAGGUUGAGCUCAAAGACUUGGCUUCGGGCGUCGAAUACGAGGAUAUGAGCCCCGAAGACCGCGUUGCCAUCGCAUCACAGCGUCGCGCUAAAGGCAACGAAGCCUAUUCGGCUGGAGAUUUUGUUGCGGCCGUGUCCUGUUACAAUCGGGCGAUGGUGGCAUUGAACAUCUCCGCAGAAAAUCCAGAAUUGCCCGCUGAGCCUGCGCUGCGUCACGAAUGCUUGCUCUGCUUCAACAACCUUGCCAUUUGUUACAUGAAGGUGCCCAAAGAACCCUGCGUGCUGCUGAACGAGUAUCGCAAGGCCAUGGCAAAAUGUGAUCAAGCAUUGGAAUUGGACGGCCGUAACGUCAAGGCUCUCACGCGCAAGUUCACGUGUACACUUGAGCUGAACCGCCUGGAGGAUGCCGAGGAAGUCGUGCAAACUGGUCUCAAGGUCGAUGAGGAACGGUUCCGUGUGCUUGAGGCCAAGCUCAGGUCAAAGCAGCGUAAGGAUGACCGGGAGAAGACCGACUUGUAUAAGCGAAUGAUGAAGGGAUUUGAUGACGGCAAGGGCGUUGAAGCAGAGAAAGAUGAAGUCAAAAAAACUGAGAUGGAGCGCAAAGUUAGCUUCUUUAUCAUCGUCAUCGUGGUCAUCUCCAUCAUCCUAGCCACAUUGGGUCUCUUUGCCUGGAUGCACUUCUUCCCAGAAGCCUGA